AUGUUUGACAACACGCAGUACCCCUAUAACUGCUUUAAUUAUGAUGGGGAUGAUUAUCCUGCUUGUAGUUCUGACGAAGAGAAAAAAUUCACCAGACCGGCGUACAGCUACAUUGCCUUAAUUGCAAUGGCCAUCCAGCAAAGUCCUUCAAAUAAAGUGACCCUCUCUGGCAUUUAUGACUUUAUAAUGAAGAAAUUUCCUUACUACAGAUCAAAUCAAAGAGCCUGGCAGAACUCCAUCCGACAUAACUUGUCGCUUAACAGUUGUUUUGUAAAGGUUCCCAGAACAGAAGGGAAUGAGAAGGGGAAAGGAAACUAUUGGAGCUUUGCAACGGGAUGCGAAUCCAUGCUGGAUCUCUUUGAAAAUGGGAAUUACAGGCGGAGACGGAGGAGGAGGAAUGUGAAAAGGGAACAUAAGGAGCAGCGACCAAGCAGAGGGAAAAGUCCUUCAUCCCCCGAUAUGUCUUCUAUGGACUCUGCUUUAAACAACAUUUCCUCUUCUGAAAGUAAACACGAAAGAAUUGAAUCGGGACUACUGGAGCCUCGUGGGUUUGCUCCAAACAGCAUGACCAACAGGCAGAGCCUAAGCAAUUCCUCCUUAGCAAAAUCGGAUUCUGAAAUUAAAUUCAGCAUCGAUUACAUUCUUUCAGCCCCCGACCCUUUGCCUGUCCUGAGAUCUCAAUAUAAUAUGCAAGAAAAUAAAUAUCAUCUACUGGAGGCCCAGCAAAUUAAUCUGCAGUUCUGGACAAUGUGAUGUUAUUUAUUCGUGGUAGCAAAGUCUGAGUUGCAGCGUGUUCAGCAGCCUCAUGUCACUGAAAAUCAGCCGCCUGCCUCCUCCUUUUCCUCCUGAGCAGUACUCAGAAAGGGUCACCGAUUCACCGGCCGAUACUCUCUCUGUACCCAAAGAACUUUGCUAAGGUUAAAGCAUAAAUAACAGUUACCGAUAUCGGUUUUCACUAUGCUGAAAUUCAUGAAAUUCUAGCUUUGUUUUCUGAACUGUCAUGGACAUCAUUUAAUUCCACAAAGAAUUUCCCUUCUCAAGCAGAAUCCAACAGAA